AUGGAGUUAAAUUUUAUUACAAACCUUAUAAAACACGAUGUGAACCAUAAUGUGAAACAGUGUUUUAAAAAUAAAAAGCCAUUUGUCAAUAGAAAGGAAGAAGUGAUGGCAAUUAAAAAGAAAUAUCCUACAAAAAUACCGCUCAUCGUGGAAAGAUAUCAGAAAGAAAAGAAUCUACCAACUUUGGAGAAAAACAAGUUUUUAGUUCCGGAAGAUAUUACAAUGUCGCAAUUCCUAGUAAUUAUACGUAACAGAAUUAGGAUAAAACCAAGUCAGGCACUGUAUCUAAUAAUCAAUAAUAGAUCAAUGCUCAGCAUGAGUCUCACGAUGCUUCAGGCGUACGAACAAUAUGCAGAUGAAGACGGUUUUCUUUACAUCACAUAUGCAUCUCAUGAAAUUUUUGGGUACCAAGAUGAUAUGACCGGCUCUAAUAAGGAAGUCAAAGUGAUAAGAGAUAGAUUUCCCAAUAAAAUUCCGUUGUACGUGGAGAGAUAUGCAAGAGAAAAAGAAGUUCCAAUUUUGGGCAGAAACAAGUUUCUCGUGCCUCAAGAACUCACUAUGUCCCAGUUCCUUUACAUCAUACGCACCAAGAUGAAACUCAGAGAUUCUCAGGCAUUGUAUCUGCUGGUAAACGACAAAGUCCUAGUGAGCCACAGCAUGACGAUGGCUCAAGCGUACGAGCAAUUUCGGAGCUCCGAUGGAUUCUUACACAUCACAUACGCAGCACAACAGGUCUUUGGU